AUGGUUGGGAUCUUUGGGAUAACAAAUAACUUGAAUGUGGCAUUACAAAAACGUGAUCAAGACAUUGUAAAUGCAAUGCGAAUGGUUAAUGUGACCAAGAUUAAUUUGCAAGAGAUGAGAGAUGAAGGAUGGGAUUCUCAUAUGGAGAAGGUGAUUUCUUUUAUGGCUAAGUAUGACAUUGAGGUUCCUAGCAUGGAGGGGAAAUAUGUUGUCCCGGGGAGAAGGUUGUUUAGAGCAAAAUUGAUUGAACUUGCAAAAUUCUAUCCAAAUGAAUUUUCAAGUUCAGAAUUGAUAUUCUUUAACCAUACACUUCAGAAUUUUAUUGUUGCUAUGAGAUCGGAUGAAAGGUUUUGGAAUUUGAAGACUCUUAGUGAGCUUUCAAUGAAACUUGUGGAGACGGAAUUGUCUGAAACUCACGAUAGGGUCUACUUGCUUUUAGAAUUGGUGUUAAUUCUCCCCGUUGCAACGGCAAGUGUAGAAAGGGUAUUUUCUGGAAUGAUGCAAGUGAAAGACAAAUUGCGUAAUAGUAUGGGAGAUCAAAUGUUGAAUGAUUGUUUGAUUACUUAUUUAGAGAAUGAUUUGUUUUUUAAUGUUAGCAUGAAUGAUAUUAUAAAUCGAUAUCAAAACAUGAAAACUCGUCGUGAGCAAUUGUAA